AUUUUAAAACGGCAGUUAUUCUUGUUAUUAUGCGCGAAGUUGCGUUGGAAGUGUCAUCCAGUGUUUUAUAAACCAGUGUUUUUAACGGUUUUUGAUAGUUUUUUUUGCGAGAAUAUGUAAUUCUUUUGUUUAGGUAAAGUAUAACGAAAAGUGGAGUCAAGAUGGACUCACCAAAUGGACAAGAUGGGUUUUUGCUGUUUUUUAAGAAAACCGGCGAGACAGGAGCCGAAUAUCCUCUAUCUAAAGGAGAAACAACUAUUGGUGCAGAUGAUGAUGCCGAUGUAAGAAUAAAAAUUCUUGAUACCAGGAUAGAAAUAAUUCAUUGUACCAUAGAUGUCAAUGAAGAUGGAAGGGCUACAAUUACAAACCUUUCAGAGUCCAAUCCCAUAAAAGUUAAUAAUAAUCUUGUAAGAAACACCAGAAAACUAUCUCACAAUGAUAUGAUUCAAGUUGUAACCAAGAAAUUCCAGUACAAAAAGAGCCUUAUCGAAAAUAAGGAUACUAAAACAAAUAGAAAGUCACUAACUCCUUUCAAGAAAAGUACAAAGAAAUCUCCGACAUUCAAGACCAAGGCAGUGACUCCAAGAUUUCAAGCAGUCAGCAGCAGUUCCUCCAAGUUGUUUCCAGUUGCCUUACCUUUUAGAGCAAAAAGUCGUCUUUCAUUACAUACACCUACUAAUACAAGUAACAAGCAUGUUACUAAUUCAAAAAUGGAAUCUUUAAUACCGCAGCUGAAAAUUACUCCAUGGAAAAAUACCUUAAGAAAAUCAAGUGUAAAGGAAAUUCAGCCUAAAAAAUCCAUUGGAAAUAGGGCAUCGUCAUUAUCAAAGAAAUCUCUAACUCGAAGGAGUCGAAAUAAAUUAGCUUCUGACGAAUCAGAAAAAUUACGAAUGUCUUCAUGUUCUUCUUAUUCUCCGCUGAAUAGAUCCCUUUCAAGAGAAAUCAGUAGUGAAGAUGAAAAUAUUUUCGUGAGUGUUCCUAAGGAGAAAACCCCAAUUCAAAGAAGAAGCAUUAAGAGUAAAUCAGAAACAAAAGUUUUACCGACAAACACAAGAAAAAGUUCAACCUACUCUACAAAUAAACAUUCCUCCACGACGAAAAAAUAUUCUUCAUCUGCUAAAACAAUGAAAGAUUUGUCGGGCCUACAAAAUGCUUCACCUAUAAAAGUAAUAUCUGCUAGAAAAAGUUUACAGAAUAACACCACUGUUGUAAGUCCCAGGGCAAGAAAAUCUUUAAAAUUUAAUAAGUCAGAACAAGUUACAUUUGAAUUUUCUGGCUUGGAAGAAGAAAUAUUUGCUAGAUCUGAAUUAUCAUUACAGUUAGACUCAACAGAUACUGAUGAUAGUAUUUCUGACAUAAAAAAUGUAUCAGCAAGAAAAAGUAGUAAGAAUCGUUCAAGAAAAUCAUUGAAUAUUAGCCAACCUAAAAGUGAGAUUAAUACUUCUGCUAUGGAAAAAUAUCCAUCUCCAAAAGUUUCUUCUCCAGUAAAAAGUAUUCGCACUCCUGUUGGCAGAAAUUCAAUUAAAAGCAAUAAAUCCUCUACAGAUUGUAGUAUGUCACCUUUGCGAGUAUCUUCCCCCACAAAAAGUGCUCGGAUAAAUCAAUCUAAGAUUGACGAUUUCAACAAUUCAGAUUUUGAAAUUAAUUUCUCUCCGACAAGAGUUUCUUCUACAAGGAAGAGUACAGUUCGCAAAUCUGCUGCAAUGGAUCAGUUUUCCACAAUUAAUCAAUCAGGGGAUGAAUCUCUGGAAACCACUAAAUUUAAAGAAAUUGUACCUCUUGAAAUUUCUUCAAUUUCUAAAAAAUCCACUAAAGGUAAUAAAUCUAUGAAAGAGCUCUCCAAAAGAUCUGGAUAUAUUAGUGAGUUUUUGAACACAUCUUCCACUCCCUCUAAAACUGCAGAUGUAUCUCCAUCAAAACCUUCCAUGAAUAAGAGUCUUCAGAGCAAUGUUUCAAGAUCUGCAAAAAUGAAUGUGUCACAAGAUCAAGUAGACAUGCUUUCUCCAACAAGAGUGCCUACAAGGAAAAGCAUCAAAACCCCAAAAUCUACAAAAGACGGCAAUCAGUCAUUAGAAGAGGAUCUUAAUAUUUCUAGAGUUUCAUCUGUAGGGAGCCUCAAAAUAAGUCCUAGAAAGUCAAUCAGAGAUAUUAAAACACCUAAUUCUGCACAAACCAAUAAAUCAAUAAAAAUGGACCUUGAUACUUAUGAAAUUAACAAUGUAUUCUCUAGAAUUUCACCAAGGAAAAGUUUAAAAUCUCAUAUCUCUAGACAGUCUACAAAGAUCAGCCAGGAAGAAAAUACACCUCUCGAGAAUCCCGAAGUUGGAGAAAAUUUUACAAAAACAAGACUUUCUUCUCCCCGCAAAAGUAUUAAAUCCCCUAAAGUUGUGAGAAACAACCAAUCAACUGACGAUGAUCUUGAUAUUUCUGAGAUUGAAAAUGCAUCGCCUACAAGAGUGUCUUCACAACGAAAAACUGCAACACCUGCUGCUCGAAACUCAUCGAAAAUUAAUCACUCUUUAGUAGAUAAAUUUAUGACAAGUACAGACAUUGAUGAAAGUGUGUCUCCUGCAAGAGUUAUUCCCUCAAGAAAAAGUCUGAAAACUCCAAAUAAUAGAGUUUCAUCAGCAUCUAGAAAAACAGAAUCAUCUCUAAGUGCAUCUCUUAGCAGUUCUGAAAUUGAUGACAAUUUAUCUCCUGUAAGACCUUCUUCUGCAAGAAAAAGUUUAAAGUCUAGUUCUUUAAAUCGGGAUCAAACUCUUGUUAGUUCUGACGUCGAGGAAUACAGUUCUCCCGCAAGGAACUCUCUUAGAAAGGGUACCAAAACUCCUAGUUCCACCAAAGUCAACCAAUCAACAAAGAAACAUAACAGUUCUGAAAGUACCAGUAUUUCUCCUACAAGAGUUUCAUUAACCGACAAACAUUCUAUUCUUAGUUCCAGAAGAUCUAGAAAAACAGAAUCUUUGAAUAUGUCCGUUAGCAGUUCUGAAGUUGAUGACAAUGCAUCUCUUGUAAGACCUUCUUCCGCGAGAAAAAGUUUAAAAUCUAGUUCUCUAAACCGGAAUAAAUCUCUUAGUAGUUCUGACGUCGAGGAAUAUAGUUCCCCCGUCAGAAACUCUCUCAGAAGAAAGAGUACCAAAACUCCUAGUUCCACCAAAGCUAACCAGUCGACACAUGAGCCUCUUAACAGUUCUGUAAAUACCAGUAUUUCUUCCACAAGAGCUUCACUUAAAGAGAAACAUUCUAUUUCUGGGUCUCGAAGAUCGGAAAAAGCAGGACAGUCUCUUAAUGUAUCUCUUAGUAGUUCUGAAGUUGAAGAUAAUUUGUCACCUGUAAAAUCUUCUUCCCCGAGAAAAAGUUUAAAAUCGAGGUCUUUAAAUCGAGACAAAUCUCUUGGUAGUUCUGACGUCGAGGAAUAUAUUUCUCCCGCAAGAAACUCUCUCAGAAAGAGUACCAAAACUCCUAGUUCCAUCAAAGCCAACCAGUCAACACAGGAACCUCUUAACAGUUCUGUAAAUGCCAGUAUUUCUUCCACAAGAGCUUCACUUAAAGAGAAACAUUCUAUUUCUGGGUCUCGAAGAUCUGAAAAAACAGGACAGUCUCUAAAUGUAUCUCUUAGUAAUUCUGAAGUUGAAGAUAAUUUGUCACCUGUAAAAUCUUCUUCCACGAGGAAAAGUUUAAAAUCGAGGUCUCUAAAUCAGGAUAAAUCUCUUGGUAGUUCUGAUGUUGAGGAAUAUAGAUCCCCUUCAAGAAACUCUCUCAGAAAGAGUACCAAAACUCCUAGUUCCACCAAAGCUAACCAGUCGACACAUGAGCCUCUCAACAGUUCUGUAAAUACCAGUAUUUCUUCCACAAGAGCUUCACUUAAAGAGAAACAUUCUAUUUCUGGAUCUCGAAGAUCUGAAAAAGCAGGACAGUCUCUUAAUGUAUCUCUUAGUAGUUCUGAAGUUGAAGAUAAUUUGUCUUCUGUAAAACCUCCUUCCGCGAGAAAAAGUUUAAAAUCAAGGUCCCUAAAUCGGGAUAAAUCUCUUGGUAGUUCUGAUGUCGAAGAAUAUAGUUCUCCUGCCAGAAACCCUCUCAGAAAGAGUUCCAAAACUCCUAGUUCCAUCAAAGCCAACCAGUCAACACAGGAACCUCUUAACAGUUCUGUAAAUGCCAGUAUUUCUUCCACAAGAGCUUCACUUAAAGAGAAACAUUCUAUUUCUAGGUCUCGAAGAUCUGAAAAAACAGGACAGUCUCUAAAUGUAUCUCUUAGUAAUUCUGAAGUUGAAGAUAAUUUGUCACCUGUAAAAUCUUCUUCCACGAGGAAAAGUUUAAAAUCGAGGUCUCUAAAUCGGGAUAAAUCUCUUGGUAGUUCUGAUGUUGAGGAAUAUAGAUCCCCUUCAAGAAACUCUCUCAGAAAGAGUACCAAAACUCCUAGUUCCACCAAAGCCAACCAGUCAUUACAGGAGCCUCUUAACAGUUCUGUAAAUACCAGCAUUUCUUCCACAAGAGCUUCACUUAAAAAGAAACAUUCUAUUUCUGGGUUUGGAAGAUCUGAAAAAGCAGGACAGUCUCUUAAUGUAUCUCUUAGUAGUUCUGAAGUUGAAGAUAAUUUGUCUCCUGUAAAUCCUUCUUCCGCGAGAAAAAGUUUAAAAUCAAGGUCUCUAAAUCGGGAUAAAUCUCUUGGUAGUUCUGAUGUCGAAGAAUAUAGUUCUCCUGCCAGAAACCCUCUCAGAAAGAGUUCCAAAACUCCUAGUUCCAUCAAAGCCAACCAGUCAACACAGGAACCUCUUAACAGUUCUGUAAAUGCCAGUAUUUCUUCCACAAGAGCUUCACUUAAAGAGAAACAUUCUAUUUCUGGGUCUCGAAGAUCUGAAAAAACAGGACAGUCUCUAAAUAUAUCUCUUAGUAAUUCUGAAGUUGAAGAUAAUUUGUCACCUGUAAAAUCUUCUUCCCUGAGAAAAAGUUUAAAAUCGAGGUCUUUAAAUCGAGACAAAUCUCUUGGUAGUUCUGACGUCGAGGAAAAUAUUUCUCCCGCAAGAAACUCUCUCAGAAAGAGUACCAAAACUCCUAGUUUCACCAAAGCCAACCAGUCGACACAUGAACCUGUGAACAGUUCUGUAAAUACCAGUAUUUCUUCCACAAGAACUUCUCUUAAAGAGAAACAUUCUAUUUCUGGGUCUCGAAGAUCUGAAAAACCAAGACAGUCUCUAAAUGUAUCCCUUACUAGUUCUGAAGUUGAAGAUAAUUUGUCUCCUGUAAGACCUUCUUCCACAAGGAAAAGUUCAACAUCAAGGUCGUUAAAUCGAGAUAAAUCUCUUGGUAGUUCUGACGUCGAGGAAUAUAUUUCUCCCGCAAGAAACUCUCUGAGAAAGAGUACCACAACUCCUAGUUUCACCAAAGCCAACCAGUCAACAAAGGAGCCUCUGAACAGUUCUGUAAAUACCGGUAUUUUUUCCACAAGAACUUCUCUUAAAGAGAAACAUUCUAUUUCUGGGUCUCGAAGAUCUGAAAAAGCAGGACAGUCUCUAAAUGUAUCCCUUACUAGUUCUGACGUUGAAGAUAAUGUGUCUCCUGUAAGACCUUCUUCCACAAGGAAAAAUUCAACAUCGAGGUCUUUAAAUCGAGAUAAAUCUGUUGGUAGUUCUGAUGUCGAGGAAUAUAUUUCUCCCGCAAGAAACUCUCCCAGAAAGAGUACCAAAACUCCUAGUUCCACCAAAGCCAACAAGUCAACACAGGAGCCUCUGAACAGUUCUGUAAAUACCAGUAUUUCUUCCACAAGAGCUUCACUUACAGAGAAACUUUCUAUUUCUGGGUCUCGAAGAUCUAGAAAAACAGGACAUGCUCUAAAUGAAUCGCUCAGUAGUUCUGAAGUUGAAGAUAAUUUGUCUCCGCUUAAAUCUUCUUCCGCGAGAAAGAGUUUAAAAUCAAGGUCUUUAAAUCAAGAUGAAUCUCUCGGUAAUUCUGACAUCGGGGAAUAUGAUUCUCCCACAAGAAAUACUUCCCGAAAGAGUAUCAAAACUCCUAGUUCCACCAAAGUCAACCAGUCAACAAGUACCAGUGUUUCUCCUAGGAGAUCUAGAAAAACAAAUCAGUCUUUAAAUUUAUCUCUUAGUAGUUCUGAAGUUGAUGACAAUGUGUCUCCUGUAAGAGUUUCUUCCUCAAGAAAGAGUAUCAAAACUCCGAGCUCUGUGAAAAAUAAAUCGGGAAUAAAAAGUAUGAGAUCUGAUAUUGAAGCAAAUUUAUCAAGGUCAGCAAAAAGAAGCAAAUCUAUGAAUCAAUCUGUGGAUUCUCUUGAUACAUCGAUUUCCUCAAUAAGUUCUGUUACGAUGUCAGAAUCAGAAGAAUUAAACAAUGCAAGAUUUUCCUCAACACGGAAAAGUGCAUCUAAAAGUCAAAGAUCUGUGAGUUUCCAGCCUGAAUCAGAUCUUGGUACAAGCUUUACCUCACUUGACAUUUCGAAUAUAGAAUAUAAUCAAAGUUCAGUUGAAGCAUACUCUGUAUCUCCUUUAAAAUCCACACGAAAACCAAUAACUCCAAGAUCAGCAGUAAAAUUAGACCACAUUUAUUCAAGGCGCACUAAGUCGAUAAGCAAUAUUAGUAUUUCAACAGAAGACAAUGAUUUAAAUAUCAGUUCACUAUCAUCUAUACUUAAUAACAGUCAAUCUCGAAAGUCAUCAAGAGCUAGAAAAUCAACCGUGGAAAAUGAUUUUGACUACAGUUCAAGUUCAAGAAAACGCAGAGAUAGCGAAACAGGUUCUGGUGUAUAUUCUCUUUGCUCUACAAUUCCUGCGGAAGCUUUGGAUGUAUCAGUAACAACGAGCCGUAUGUCUUCUAAUAUUGCAGACGAAAGUACGUUGGAAAAUGUAUCAUACUCUUUAGAUACCAGCAUAAUAUCGUCUAGACGAUCCAGGACAACUGAGGCUAGCGUUGUUGACUUGACAACUCCUAGCCCCAAACGAAGCAGAAAAAGUUCAGUUCAAUACCAACCCAUAACAGAAGACAUAACACCGGUAACUCCAGUGGCUAAUACAAAAGAUGAAGCUGGUUUCAAAACUCCCCAGAACACCCCACAUGUAUUUGAAAAUAUCAGAAAAUCUGUUUUGAAAUCCCGAAGUAGACAUGAGGCAGUGUCCCGAAGAGUGUCUGCUGGAAAUGAUUCUAUCAGAAAAAAUGUGUUGAAUGCGGGCGAGGGUGUUAAAAGACCUAGAGAAUCCACUGGUAGUGUCAGAUCUAAUAAACGAAUGAAAUUAAGCACAAAUGAAGCUAACAGUUCCAUUGAUUCUUCAUUUUCAUCAUUUGACUCUGAAGUAUUUGAGGCAGAUACUCCAAAACACGCGGCCAAGAAUAUCUCAGUACAUCAACCUGAUUUCUCAUCAAGAUUUUCUUCUGAUCCUCAACAAAAAAAAUCUGCAGUUGUCAGGAGAUCUUUGCAGAUCGUAACUAAUGUUGAAAACAGUAAACCCGUUUCAACCCCUCCAGUAUCUAAGAAAAUUAGUCAAAAAGGAUCCAAAAACGACCUUAGCGACGUAGAAGGUGUAAAAACACUCAUGAAAACACCAAAAACACAUAAAGAACCUGAAAAUGAUUUAUCCAACGUUUCAGGUGUGAAAAAUCUUCUGAAAACACCUAAAAUUCAUAAGGAGCCUAAGAAUGAUUUGACCAAUGUCGCAGGUGUGAAAAAACUUCUAAAAACUCCGAAAGUACAGAAAGAACCUAAAAAUGAUUUGAGCAAUAUUGCUGGCGUGAAGAAACUUUUGAAAACGCCUAAACCUCAGAACGAGCCCAAGAAUGAUUUGACUAAUGUUGCAGGUGUUAAGAAACUUCUAAACACUCCCAAGGUACAGAAAGAACCUAAAAAUGAUUUGAGCAAUGUUGCUGGUAUGAAGAAAAUUUUGAAAACACCCAAACCCCAAAAUGAACCCAACAAUGAUCUGCGAAACGUUUCAGGUGUUAAGAAACUUUUAAAAACGCCCAAGGUACAAAAAGAACCUGAAAAUAAUUUGAUAAAUAUACCUAGUUUCAAAAAGUUGUUCUCACCAACGAAAGAAGCAAAAUCACCCAAAAACGAUUUGACAUCGGUUCCCAAUUUAAGAAGAAUAAUGUCACCGAAGCAACAAAAUACACCGAAAAAUGAUUUGACAGAUGUAAGAGGUUUAAAGAAGUUGAUGAAGACCCCUAAAGAAACAAAAGAACCUUUAAAUGACUUGACUGAUGUUCGUGGAUUAAAAAAAUUAAUGAGGACACCAAGAACUCAAAAAGGACCUCUAAAUGAUCUUAGCGAUUUGGAAGGAGUAGCAAACAUUUUCAGUACUUCAGUACAUCAUAGAUUGAGUAACACCAGUGAUAUUGAAAAUAAUGAAGAUCUUUUCAAUAAACUAUUUGAUAAAAAACCUCUGAAGACCUAUAGAUCCAAAAGUACAUCUCCUAAUAAGAGCCUAGAUGCUUUUGGUGCUGUUAGAAAAACUAUUGGAGAUCAACCUGUAGUUAGUCCCAGAGUUGUUGAUUGGAUUGAUGAACAAAAAGUUUUAAAGGAGAGGCAAACUGAAAUUUCUAAACCUCAAUCAGUUAAAAAAGGAAGGAAGAAAACCAGAGUAGAUGAAUUAAAAGACGAAGUGGUACCUAAAAAGCUUAAAACUAGAACUAAAAGUCAAACUUCUGAUGGUGUACAAGUUCCUACAAUAUCUUCAACCAGAACAAAAGUCUCCUCAGAAUCUGAGAAGGACCACCUAUCUGAAGUAUCGACAGAAGAACUAGAUACUUACACUUCCACGGAAGUAAAAAGCACAAGGAGAAACAGGCAACGUAAUGAAAAUAAAACUAUUGAACCACAAAAGACUGAAGUAAUAGAAUCUCCCCAAAGCAGAACUAGAGGAAGAAAAGGAAAGCAAAUAGUUGUGGAAACAGAUGAGAAAUUUGAAGGACUAGAUUCUUUAGAGGAAAAAAAUAAAAUAGAUGUAGAUUCCCCGAAACCUAGAAGAGGAAGAAGAAAUAUCACUAAAGUUGAUGAUGAACCAGCUGUAGAAUCUCCUCAAACUUCAACUAGAAGUAGAAGAAGAGUAGCAACACAGGUUGAUGUACAUGACGAAAAACCAGCUAAACGAACAAGGAAUGCCAAAAACGAUGAACCUAAAACAAUUUCCUUAGAUUCACCAUUAAAGAGUGUUGCCACAGAUACAUCUACAGAAUCACCUAAAAUUACCACGAAAGGACGACGAAAAGCUACAACAAAAGAUAAUGAACCUGAAGAGGAAGAACAUGAAACACCCGCAGAUUCACCUAAAGUCACUGCCAGGGGUAGGAGAAAUAAAAAAGUUGAAAGUAUUGCAACAGAUUCCCCACAAGGAAAGUCUGGAAGAAACAAAUCCAAGGAAGAUCAAGAAAAACCAGUUGAUUCUCCGAAAGUUGUGGCCAGAGGAAGGAGAAAUGCCAAAGUCGUCGAAAAUGAUAUUACCUCUGAUGUUGCACAAGAAAAAUCUGGAAGAAACAAAUCUAAAGAAGUUAUGGAAGAAACCGUCGAUUCGCCCAAAGUUGCAGUUAGGGGAAGGAGAAAUGCUGCCAAGAAAGUUGAAGAGGAGGCUGUUGUAGAGACUGUUAAUUCACCGAAAGUUCCUACGAGAGGAAGAAGAGCUGCUAAAAAGACCGACAAUGAUGUAGUAUCUGUUGAAUCUCCUAAACCCAAAGAAAAACGAAAUAGACGAGUUAAAAGCAUAGAAUCGACGGAAGAACUAUCUAAAGAUGUAGAUUCUCCAAAAAUCGAAACUAAGAAGAAGACAACCAAAAGUGCAAUAGCAGAAGAAAAAUUAGUACAAGAUUCGCCCAAGAGGACAAGAAGAAGGCCACGAGCUGGAGUAGCAGUUGAAAAUAUUCAGGAAGAAUUGCCAACAAGUAGUAAAGAAGAAAAUCCUGAUUCUCCUCGUAAAACUGAACCAACCACAAAAGGUAAAAGAGGAAGAGGGAAAAAAGAAGACGAAAUUAAAAAAGUAGAUACACAUGAGGCAGAAAAGGAAUCAGAACCAGCUAAUUCUCCAACCAAAACCGUAAUAGGUAAAAGGGGAAGAGGAAAAAAACAAGACGAAAUUAAAAAAGUAGAUACACAUGAAAUAGAAAAGGAAUCAGAACCAGCUAAUUCUCCAACCAAAACCAUAAAAGGUAAAGGGGGAAGAGGAAAAAAACAAGACGAAAUUAAAAACGUAGAUACACAUGAAACAGAAAAGGAAACACCUAAUUCACCAACCAAAACCAAAAAAGAUGCAGACACUGUAAAGUCCACACGAGGUAAGCGGAAGCAAAAAGAGGAAACAGAAGAUGUAAGUGAGGCUGUCGUUCCUGUUGCUAAAAGAUCUAAGAAAGGUACACCAGCAGAAGUUAAUACAGAUAAUGAAGAAAAAGAAAGUAGCACAACGACUAAACGAACAAGAAGAGGCAAGCAUGAAGUCGAAAAGGAAGACGAACCUGAAGUUGAAUCCAAAAGAAACAAAAAGGCUACCGAUGCAGAUCAGAAACAAUCCUCCAAACGGAAAGAUCAAGAAGUUGGGACAAAAAAAUCAAAGAGGGGCAAAGUUGAAGAAAUAGUAGUAGAAGAACCUCCCACUUCUGGCAGAAGCACGAGGGCUAGAGGUAAAAGAGUACAGUUCAUUGAUUAAGUUCAAACAGUGUUAUUUUGUAGUACAAGGAAAUUUAAAUCAUUUUUUAUAUUGUAUAUUAUUUUAGAUCUACAUUACUUACUAUUUAUAUUUAUAUAUUUCUAAUUAUAAAAUUAUAAGGUAGAGAUUCAUCUUUUA